GUUUCCUACAGUUUUUUGGCAAAGAACUAGAAAGUGACAGAAGCCACGCCUGCUGAUCCACUAAAGGAGGCAAGGCGUUGGGCCCAUUUACCGAAUAUAAGAAGGGAAAGAUAUCUGAACACAGCAUCACUACCUCCAAAUAUCAAAUAACAUCUUAGAACACCACAGAAGCCUUCACAGACAAAGAGAUGCUUCUCUCUGUCCUCCUUGUGCUGGGACUCUGCCUGGUGCCCAGUCAAUCCAAACCUACGGAGGAAAGACUUGGCAGUCGUUUUCUUCGUAAAUGCUUUGAAGAAGCAAAGAAAAUAGUAGACGAUGCAUACAAAUACUCAAGAGAAGAGAGCCUCAGACGGGUCCGCAAGGAUGCGGUGCAGCCGCAUGAUGCUCUUCGUCUCCUGAAGCAGCCUCGCGGUGACACUCGUUCAGCUGUGCGCUCUGCUGACUACAUGGCACAGACUCUCCGUUUGGUCCAAGAGAAAGUACAUCGUGUGCACAGGCGCUCCCUCAAUGCAACAGAUUUACUCACGGAACAAGAUUUGAAAGAACUUGCCCGGAUCACUGGAUGUGAGGCUCAAAUCAGGAAUCCACCAUGUCGCAACACGCCCAAUAUCAAUAAGUAUCGCACAGCCACCAGCGUCUGCAACAACUUGAAAAACCCUCGCCUUGGUGCCUCCAACACCCCCUUCACACGCUGGCUGCCCUCUGAAUACGAUGAUGGCAUCCCAAAAGGAUGGAACAGAACCCGCAAAUUCAACAACUUCUUGCUCCCAUUGGUGCGGCAGGUGUCCAAUAACAUCUUGAGCACCACAGAUGCAGGCGUUGUCAAUGACACUGAGUACUCCCACAUGGUGACCAUGUUUGGGCAGUGGAAUGACCAUGACCUCACCUUCACGCCAUUUUCACCAAGUAUCCGCUCCUUUAGCAAUGGACUGAACUGCGAUGAAAGUUGUGAGCAGAGUGAGCCAUGCAUCCCUAUCCCGAUCCCUCCUGGAGAUCCCCGGAUUCCCUCCCGCCCAGACAGCUGCAUCCCAGCCUUUCGAUCUGCUCCUGCCUGUGGAACGGGUUACUCUGCAUUUAAUUUUGGAGGAGAACCCAGCAAGAGGGAGCAGAUCAAUUCACUGACGGCCUUUCUGGAUCUGGGGCAAGUAUAUGGCUCCGACGAGAAGCUCGCCCUGAACCUUCGUGACCUCACCAGUGAUGCCGGCCUGCUGCGCGUCAACACCGAAUUCAGGGACAACGGACGCGAGCUGCUGCCCUUCCACUCCCUGCAGGUGCAAAUGUGCGCCACCCGCAGAAGAGUCACCAACGACACCAACGCAAGGGAGGUGCCCUGCUUUAUUGCAGGUGAUGCCCGUGUAGACGAGAACAUCGCUCUGACAUCUAUCCACACCCUGUUUGUGCGUGAACACAACCGUUUGGCUCGUCAGCUGAAGAGGCUGAAUCCACACUGGGACAGUGAGACUCUCUACCAAGAGGCCCGCAAGAUCAUGGGUGCUUACACCCAGAUGUUUGUCUUCAGGGAUUAUCUUCCUCACAUUGUGGGUCCUGACGCAAUCCGCAGACAGCUCGGACGUUACCCUGGCUACAACCCUGAUGUUGACCCCAGCAUCUCCAAUGUGUUUGCGACGGCCGCUUACCGUUUCGCUCACCUGGCAAUCCAGCCAGUUUUGUUCCGACUGGAUGCAAACUACAGAGAGCAUCCUACUUUCCCCAGCGUCUCCCUGUACAGGGCUUUCUUCACCCCAUGGAGAGUCAUUUUCGAAGGUGGAAUCGACCCUUUGCUGCGUGGUCUGAUAGGACGCCCUGCGAAGCUGAACACCCAGGAUCACAUGAUGGUGACUGCUCUGAGGGAUAGGCUGUUCCAGUUUGUGAUGCACUUGGCUCUGGACCUUGGUUCUCUCAACAUGCAGAGGAGUCGAGAUCAUGGCCUGCCUGGCUACAAUGCCUGGCGCAGGUUCUGCGGUCUGUCCCAGCCUCGUAACCAGGCAGAGCUGGCUCAGGUUUUGGGGAAUCCCUCCCUGGCUCGUAAGCUGCUGGAGCUCUACGGGACCCCCGAAAACAUCGAUGUGUGGCUUGGAGGUGUCGCAGAGCCAUUUGUGCGUGGCGGCCGCGUGGGUCCUCUGUUCGCCUGCCUCAUCGCAACUCAGUUCCAGAGGAUUCGUCAAGGUGACAGAUUGUGGCACCAGAACCCCGGUGUUUUCACGCCGCAGCAGAGGCAGGCUCUGUCUGCUGUUACACUCUCCAGAAUUAUCUGUGACAACACCGGCAUCGCAUCGGUGCCCAGUGACGCGUACAGCGUCGUCUCACAAAGGAACUCCCUGGUGCAGUGCUCCACUCUGCGUCGCCUGGAUCUUAAUGCAUGGAGGGAAAGACCCGCCAUGCUCUGUGACUCCGGAUCUUCUGCUGGUUGUUUAGACUCCAGUGGCGGAGAGAACCCAACCCAGACGGAUGAACUGAACAAUCUGGACCCUCUGGAUGUCCAGGACUCAUUAGACCCUGUGGACCCUGUAAAUGUUCAUGGUCCUCUGGAUCUCCAGGAACCUCUGAAUAUGCAAGAGUCAUUGAAAUUUCAGACCAAUGAGAUCCAUCAAGACCAUUCAGCUCCAGAUGCCCUCUAGGAUCACCUAGAGGGCAUCUAGGUGGUCCUAGAUGCCCUCUAGGAUCUCAAACAUCAGUGUCCCUUUUUGGAAAUACGGCCCAUACACAUAGAGAUUCAUUUGUUUCCGUCAUAAAGAAACAAAACAAGCCAAAACAGAUCCUGGACACGCCUAUUUAUGUUCCUCAGUCUUUGACUCUGCACUUCUUUAAUUGGAACAGAAAUUGUCAAGCUGGCCAUCAAAAUCUUCUUCUCAGGACAUUUGUUCUUCACUAUGGCACAUAAACACACCCUGUGGAGUACUUAUAACUUUAGACCAACAUUUAGCUUUUUACUUUUGAUAUCAGAGCACGAUCUGGAAAAACUCCAGUUAGUUUACUUAGAAACACAGAAAAAGAAUAAAAAAUGGAUAAGCACCAUUUAGCUUUAUACUGUAUACCUACUAAUAGAAUCUAACAUUGAGAAACAAACUUAAGUUCCAGAGAAAAACUUAUUACAGAUUAUGAUCUACUCAUGGUUAUAAAACAUGGGGAACCAAUAUUUAGUUUUGUACUUUGUCUUUUGUCUUUGGAUUUGUUGUUUUCUUUGCAUUUUCUUCUGAUUCAUGUAAAGCAUUUUGAACUGCCUUGUUGCUGAAAAUUUGCUAUAUCAAUAAAAUUACCUUACCCUCUCCAGGAUGAACCUCCAAUUAAAAAAUACCAGUGACUUGUGGGCUUUUAAAUUUCUUUACCUCAGUCAGUCACAGCAGCAGAUGACCAGAUAAAGACAAACCAUGAGUUUGUGAGUUUUACGCUAAAACUCACAAGGACAUUCAUUCCAUGAGUUUAAAUUCAACGAAUGUGUUUAACUCUGUUACAACUUACAGUUUAUCAAACCAAAAAUUAGCAUUUGGCCAAGUUUGACGGGAUCAACCAGUAUUAAAUUGAGCAUGUUAUGCACUAAUAACUUGUACCUUAAAAUCUUAUGCUAUGCUUUGUUUGCUAAUAUUUAGAUUUUCUGCAACUUUGUUGUCUUAUAUUAAAUGUUGCAUUCAAUAAAGCAAUUGAGCAAUCACU